AAAAUGUUCUGCUGGUGCAGUUUUGUCUACGUGCUAUUCUUUCUCGGAUCGUUCGUAGCAAUCGGUCUGUUGACGGUGUGCGUUCUACUGCGUCAGCUCAUAAAAUUUCAACGCCGCAAGCGAACCGAUCAGACCGUAAAGAAUGUCGCGUUCUUUCAUCCGUACUGCAAUGCCGGUGGUGGCGGCGAGCGAGUGCUUUGGUGUGCCAUACGAGCGCUGUUGAAUCGGUACGAGAACAUCAAGCUGUACGUGUACACGGGUGACCUGGAUGCAAAACCGGCAGAAAUACUAGCCAAAGCGGAGCGUAGCUUUAACCUUACACUAGACGUGGAACGCAUAACGUUCGUGUAUCUCAGCAAGCGAUGCUGGGUGGAAGCAUCGAGAUAUUCGCACUUUACCCUGCUGGGGCAGAGUUUGGGCUCGAUCGUGCUAGCGUUCGAAGCAUUGCUAAAGCUGCAACCGGAUGUGUUCGUCGACACGAUGGGGUACGCGUUUACGUAUCCGGUAUUUGCGUACUUCGGCGGUUGUAAAAUCGGAUGCUACACACACUAUCCCACCAUUAGCACCGACAUGUUGCGCCGUGUCCAGUCACAAUCGCAGUCCUACAAUAAUAGAGGAUAUGUGGCGAAGAACCCGUUUGCCACCUGGCUGAAGAUCGUGUACUAUCGUAUGUUUUCGCGCAUCUACGGAUGGGUUGGCCGCUGUGCGGACACCGUAAUGGUGAACUCAUCCUGGACGGAAAAUCAUAUCAUCUCGCUGUGGGACGUACCGUACAAGACGCACCGGGUUUAUCCACCGUGCGAGGUGUCGCAGCUAAAACGGUUGGAAUCGCUUGCCAACGAGGAGGACGAACAUAUUAUCAUUUUAUCCGUCGGUCAGUACCGUCCCGAGAAGGACCAUCCGUUGCAGCUGCAGGCAAUGUACGAGUUGCGCACGCUGCUGAACAACGAUGAAGCAUUAUGGAACCGGUUAAAGUUGUUAAUCGUUGGAUCGUGCCGCGAUGAGGAGGACCGCGUGCGCGUCAAAAACAUGCAAGAUCUAGCGAAGCAUCUUUCGCUCGAAAAUUCGGUAGAGUUCCGGGUGAAUGUCCCGUACCAAGAGCUUCUCCAAUGCUAUCAGCGGGCAACGAUCGGUUUGCACUGCAUGUGGAAUGAACAUUUCGGCAUCAGUGUAGUCGACUGUAUGGCGGCCGGCUUAAUAAUGGUGGCCAAUCGCUCCGGUGGUCCACUGAUGGAUAUUAUCGAAACUUCCGAGGGUAGCCAGAACGGCUAUCUCGCGUACGAUGCUUACGAUUAUGCGCGCUGCAUUGCCAACAUACUGUACAACACGCCGGAAUAUAAUGCGAAAAUCCGGGACGCAGCACGUGCAUCGGUGGACCGGUUUUCGGAGAAAGAGUUCGAGAAUGGGUUUCUGCGCGCAAUUUCACCCAUUAUGGAUUAG